AUGACUCGCCAGGAAUCCCUGCUUUCAUUGUCAGAGGCAGCAGUAUCUCACAGCCAACAUGAAGUUCCUGAUCCUCGCCGCUCUGGCCGCCGUGGCCGCCGCCGUCCCCCAGGGAUACGGUGCCCCCCUCCCCGCUACGCCUCCAGCGAGGAGAUCGCCAUCUUGAGGAACGACUUCGUGAUCGAGGACGACGGAAGGUACAACUUCGACGCGGAGACUGCCAACGGCAUCGUGGUGUCCGAGCACGGCACUCCCGGACUCGAGGGAGCCAUCAACAGCGCCGGAUCCUUCUCAUACACCGCUCCUGACGGCACUGACGUCCACCUUCAGUACGUAGCUGACGAGAACGGCUUCCAGCCCCAGGGCGCCCACCUGCCCGUGGCUCCCGAGUUCCCCCACCCGAUCCCUCAGUUCGUCCUCGACCAGAUCGCCUUCGCCGCCGAGGAGGACGCCCGCAAUGCCAAGAGGCCCUCAGGCACAUAUGGCGCCCCUCAGUAAUUAGGUUUUAAUACUGUGUAGGUGUCUUAGCGAAAUUGUGUAUAUUUAAAGAUAUCUAAGCUAGAAUAAAAUAUAUAUUUUGAAUGCUAUAAACGUAAAACUUCCUUA